AUGGACACUGCUAUGGAAGCCAACCUGGGUGCCGCUGGCCACGGGCCCCGCACGGAGCCGGAUGAUGAAGACGACUACCCCCAGGGUGGCUGGGACACGGUCUUCCUGGUGGCUCUUCUGCUCCUGGGGCUGCCAGCCAAUGGGCUCAUGGCAUGGCUGGCCGGCUCACAGGCCCGGCAGGGAGCGGGCACGCGGCUCGCCCUGCUGCUGCUCAGCCUGGCCCUCUCUGAUUUUCUGUUCCUGGCGGCAGCGGCCUUCCAGAUCCUGGAGAUCCAGCACGGAGGCCACUGGCCGCUGGGGACGGCCGCCUGCCGCUUCUACUACUUCCUGUGGGGUGUGUCCUACUCCUCCGGCCUCUUCCUGCUGGCGGCCCUCAGCGUGGACCGCUGCCUGCUGGCCCUGUGCCCGCACUGGUACCCUGGGCGCCGCCCGGCCCGCCUGCCCCUCUGGGUCUGCGCCGGGGUCUGGGUGCUGGCCACGCUCUUCAGCGUGCCCUGGCUGGUCUUCCCCGAGGCCGCCGUCUGGUGGUACGACCUGGUCAUCUGCCUGGACUUCUGGGACGGCGAGGAGCUGCCGCUGAGGAUGCUCGAGAUCCUGGGGGGGUUCCUGCCUUUCCUCCUGCUUCUCGUCUGCCACGUGCUCACGCAGGCUGCUGCCUCCCGGACCUGCUGCCGCCGCCGGCCAAGGCCCAUGGCCUGCCGGGGCUUCGCCCGUGUGGCCAAGGCCAUUCUGUCAGCCUACGUGGUCUUGCGGCUGCCCUACCACCUGGCGCAGCUGCUGUACCUGGCCUUCCUGUGGGACGUCUACCCCGGCUACCUGCUCUGGGAAGCGCUGGUCUACUCCGACUACCUGACCCUGCUCAACAGCUGCCUCAGUCCCUUCCUCUGCCUCCUGGCCAGCGCCGACCUCCGGGCCCUGCUGCGCGCCGUCCUCUCCUCCUUCGCGGCAGCUCUCUGUGAAGAACGGCCUGGAAGCUUCACGCCAGCGGAGCCACAGACCCAAGUGGACUCUGGGAGUCAGACUCUUCCUGGGCCAGUGGCUGGGGCCCAGCCCCAGGUGAACCCCGUAGCACAGCCACGGUCGGACGCUGUGUCCCAGACUCGGGGGAACCCCGCGGCACAGCCACGGUCGGAUUCAGUGGCCCAGCCACAGGCAGAGCCCACAGCACAGCCACGGUCGGAUUCAGUGGCCCAGCCACAGGUGAACCUUGAGUCCCAGCCCCAUUUGGACUUUGUGGCCCAGCCACAAGUGAGCCCCGAGACCCCCGGACCUGCCUCCGGCCCAGCUCUCAGCCCCUGUGAUGAAGCGUCUUCGGCCCCAUCCGCGGAUCCCACCCCGGAAGCCCCUGAGAACCCAGCGGUGCCUGCUGACUCUGAGGGAGAAAGUCCCAGCAGCGUCCCCCCAGAGGAAGCCCCUGGAGCAGGCCCUACCUGA